AGUAACACCCGUGCUCUCUCCCUCAGGAGAAUACAAUGAUAGUCGGUCUCUCUCUCCUCUCCUACACAAAAAAGCGCCUCCUUUCCCUUCCUCUCUAUUACAGCUCUCUGUUCCCAUUGGAAUCUGACCCAAAUUUUUUUUCAGAAAAAUUCUGUUAGCAAUUUUAGAUCAACCCAUUAAUUUAAAUUCUUACAGUGAUAUUUGUAUAUUUUUUCAAAUAUUUUUGUUGAUUUUUUUCAGCUAAGUUUGAUUAUUUCUGCACAGAUCACAGAAAGUUUUGUUUUUUAAUCUUUUUUUUGUUUUGUUUUGGGUUUUUACCAAUUUUGAUCUUGACGCUUAAUCAAGAUUCAAGAGUAGUAUGUACUCAAGCAACGGUUUAUAUACAAAUCCAAAGCCCUGCAAGCAUCUUGCAGAUUACAAGGUGAAAAAUGGUUUAUGUGGGUACAAUUUGAUUCAAGAUUGUUUUAGGACAACUCCAUAUGGUAGGACCACCUUGGAGAUGUCGAAGUCAGAGAUACCCAGAUGUAGUAUUUGUAGUGGGUGUCAAGGGAGAUUUUAUACGUGUUUGAUCUGUUCAUCAGUGCUAUGUUGUUUGUCACCUGAAUCAAACCAUGCCCUUUUGCAUAGCCAGUCUCAAGAUGGACAUGAGAUUUCAGUAGAUAUGGAAAGGGCUGAGCUUUAUUGUUUUGUGUGUUGUGAUCAGGUGUAUGAUCCUGAUUUUGAUAAGUCUGUGAUGUGUAAACACAUCAUGGGGUUUUCAAGAAGUGAAAAUGGGGUUGAGGAGAGUGAGUUGAGAUUGAGCAAGAGGAGAAGGUUGAGUUUUGGUAUGGAUUUAGAUUCAAAGAAUAUGAAGAGAUUGUUUUUUCGAAAGUCGAAAUCGUGUUUUCCAUUGGGAUUAAGGGGUUUGAACAAUUUGGGGAAUACCUGUUUCAUGAAUUCUGUGUUGCAAGUGUUGCUUCAUGCACCCCCUUUGAGAAAUUACUUCCUUAGUGAUAGACAUAACCGAGAAAUUUGCAGAAAGAUGUUCUCGGAUCGAUUGUGUCUGCCUUGUGACAUUGAUCUUAUGUUCUCAGCUGUAUUUUCUGGUGAUCGGAUCCCUUAUAGUCCAGCUCAGUUUCUUUACAGUUGGUGGCAGCAUUCAGAAAACCAUGCUACUUACGAGCAGCAGGAUGCUCAUGAAUUCUUCAUUUCAAUGCUGGACAGGAUCCAUGACAAAGAGGGGAAAGCAAGUUUGGCAAUCAAAGAUAAUGGAGAUUGCCAGUGUAUUGCUCAUAGGGCUUUCUACGGGCUCUUGAGAUCUGAUGUCACAUGUGCAUCAUGUGGUUUCACUUCAACAACUCAUGAUCCGUGUAUGGACAUUUCUCUUGACUUGAGUGUAUGCAACUCCAGCCGAAAGGAUUUUGCUUGUAAGUCCAGUAAGCCAAAUGAAUCUCUUGUAGGUUGCUUAGACCUCUUCACAAGACCAGAAAAAUUGGGAUCCGAUCAGAAACUGUACUGUGAAAAUUGUCAAGAAAAGCAAGAUGCUUUGAAACAAAUGUCCAUCAAAAAGCUCCCUCUUGUACUCUGCUUUCAUAUAAAACGGUUUGAACAUUCUCCCACCAGAAAAAUGUCCAGAAAGAUUGACCGCCAUGUGCAAUUUCCUUUCUCUUUGGACAUGAAACCAUAUUUAUCAUCUUCAAUUGUAAGGAAAAGAUAUGGGAACAGAAUCUUUUCGUUUGACGGUGAUGAAUCAGAUGUUUCUACAGAAUUUGAAAUUUUUGCAGUGGUCACACAUUCAGGAAUGUUAGAAUCUGGUCACUACGUGACAUAUUUGCGUUUGAGAAACCAAUGGUACAAAUGUGACGAUGCAUGGAUAACUGAAGUCAAUGAAGAAGUUGUUAGGGCCUCUCAAUGUUAUCUGAUGUUCUAUGUACAGAAGAUGCUCUACCACAAGAGUUGUGAGGAUGUUAGCUGCCAGCCAAUGUCCCUACGAGCAGAUACAUUUGUUCCAAUAGCUGGUUGCUGUUAGAACUUCAGAGUUUGUGCGCCCGACUUGGAUAGGUUUUCUGCAUAAUUCUGGCCAGCCAGGGAAUAGUAUUCAGGGACCCUGAAGCAUGAUGGUAAGUCUAGGGGACUCUCCACCAGCCAAGGCUUUCCCGUCAGAGGGAUGAUACCGACAAUUGUAUGAUCAUAAUAUGACUCAAAAGUUGGAUUUCGAGAUAGAAAGCUGUUAACUUGUGAGAGUUCUUACAAAGAUAGAACCAGCAUUAGUUUCCCUUUUAGGCCUUAGAAGGAGCCUUAUGAAUGUACAGUAACUUAACAAUUUCAGGAGCCAGGAGGGGCAUCUUUUGUUUGCUCCCUUUCUCAUCUCUUCAAGAUUCUGAUAAUUUUCAUUAUUGGCUUCUUAAAAGUGAUCUCAUUUCCUGUUGGUUUGUUUGAGAUUGUGUUAUAACAUGUAACUUGAUUUAUCAUUCAAAAACAUAAUAUACAUGAAUAGGUUGAUGAAUUUCAUUUCAGGAAAGAUGAA